CCCAAUUAAUUAUUUUUACUCACCUACAAGACAAUUUAUUUAGCAAUGUCGAAGACGAAAAGCCGUGCGCGGCAAUUCGCUGAAUGGGCCGAGCGCCCGGCAAAAGACUUCGAUCCCGAAGAAGAGGUCCCCGAUGAGGAAGACGAUAGUGGUAGUGAAGAAGGUGUUGAUGAAAACGCUGGUACAGAGCACUACGUCUCAGUAGGCAAAAGCAAACUUCGCCGUAAAGACCCAGUCGCACUAGGGCCCCAAUACAGAGGAGCUCCCGUUAGCCGCUCAGCUCUCGAAGACGAGGACGAGGAUGAAGAAAGCGAUUCCGAAGAACAAGAUGAAGACGACAACGAUGCAUCCUCAUCUAAUUACGAAGAUGCCCUCCAAAACCUCGAGAUCGACGACGAUUUCGAAGACUUCGACGAUCCUGAUGAAGCAAACCUCGAAGUUGGUCAGGACGAUGACGAUGACGAUGACGCCGAGAUCGAUAGCGACGAUGCAUUUAAUGAGAGCGACGAAGAAAAGUUCAAAGAUUUCGUAUUCAGAGGCAGCUCGCAGACCAUACCCAACAAGGGGAAGAGAGUAGUGAGACCUACUGCUGCUGAUUAUAUGGUAUCCGAUGAGGGUGACAGCAGCGAGGGAGCAGAGCUCAAUGGAGAAAGAGACUCAGAUGAAGAUGUUGAUGACGAGGGUCUUGGUGGCUUUAUAGAUGAUGAGGCCGAAGAAGAUGACGAUGACGACGAUGAUAUGGACGAGGAUAUGGUGGAUGGUGUCAGCAAUUCGGAUGACGAUUCCGAAGGUUCGGACGAAGAGGAUGGCUUGGAAAAGGCACCUGCGGCCAAUGGCGCAAACCGCACGACAAUACAAGAGAUGAUGAAUGCUGGUCAGCGCUCCGUAACUGGUACCCUAUCAACAGUCGCGCAAAAAGAUGUUGCCAAAGGGAAAGCCGUUCGGCAACAAAGAAAAGCAUUUGAUGCAUUACUAAAUAUUCGCAUCCGACUACAAAAAUCGCUUGUCGCAGUGAACUCAUUUGGUUCAGUUGAGGAUUUACAAGACCAAUCUCAACCCUACGAAGCAGCCGAGGCAGCGGCACUCAGAUUAUGGAAUACGAUUGAUGGUUUCCGCACGAGUAUUCAAUCUGAUCCAUCCGGGAAGACGGGACAAAAAAGGAAGCGAACCGCCGACAUAGAUACAUCAAGUCAAGAUAUAUGGGAAAAUAUGGAGGCUAUCGAGCAAAGAGCCAUUGCUCGUCGCAAAGCCGUGCUGGAGAAAUGGUCAAGCAGCGCACGAAAUAUACGAAUGGUGGAUAGGUCUUCUCGCAAAUUUACGAAUACAGUGGAGAAAUCUCUAACUGCGAGAUUGGAUGAAGAGUUAGAUGCACCAGAUCGGCUUGUAAAGCGGACGAGAACGCCACGUUCAUGCGCACCUGCGCAAGUGGCGCAGAAAGUCAACGAAGACCCGAACAUUUACGAUGAUGCCGACUUUUACCAAUUACUACUAAAAGAGCUUGUCGACCAACGAGCAGGAGAUGCAUCGGGAGGUCAAGGAGGCCCUGCAGCUACGAUUCGGUUCGCUGCUGUGAAGGAAGCCAAAGCGAAGCGACACGUCGAUACUAAAGCUAGUAAAGGCCGAAAGAUGCGUUUCAAUGUCCACGACAAACUACAGAAUUUCAUGGCGCCGGAGGAUCGGCGAAACUGGGAACAGAGCGCUAUCGAUAGGUUCUUCGGCACCUUAUUCGGCCAGAAAUUGGUACUCAACGAGGAUGAAAACGAGGACAAGGAAGCAUCAGAUGAAGAAAUUGGCGGCGCGCCAAUUGAAAAUAGAGGUAUUCGACUAUUUAGAGAUUAAUUUGAAAGAAAGCGACAAUAUUUUUCGCAUUUACACAACCAACGGAGUUUUUAUUGAGACACUUAUGCUCGUGAGUGGUUCGAAAAGAGAAAUGAUUUUC